AUGGCACCCCCCAAACGUGAGAAAGUUACUAAAAAAAGUAGUUCCAAUGUGGCGUGCAAUAAUUGCAGGAAGUCGCAUACUAAGUGUUUGAAACAAGAGAAUAGUACCGACAUCAGUGGCAUUAAUACUGGCGCUAAAUGUAGGUAUUGUCAUUUAAGGAAUCUUGUUUGCAACUAUAGUGACAAGAAUCAGAAAAUCACAGUAUCAUUAAAUUAUGUAAAUGGAUUACAACAAAGAAUAAAAUUUUUAGAAAAUCAGUUACAAUCAAAUAAAACAAACUUUAAUCCAACAAAUUUACAAGAUCGUAACAGUAACACAGGUCACAAUGGGAUUGCAAGAACAAAUGGCACUGAAAAUGGGACUGUAGCCGAUGAGGAUGAGUCAUUUGAAUGUAAUUAUCAAAUUAGAAGUGGUAGGUUAGUAGAGUCACAGUACGGUUUGAAUUACUAUUUUAUAGGAUCCUCUUCGAUGACAUUGUUCAAUUUGGAGAUCCAAUCGUUGAUUUCAAAAUACAUAUACGCAGAUAAAAAUAAAGACAGUAAUUACCCCAAGUUCAAUCAAGUUUGUUUCUCUCCAACAAAUCCACCGGUUCUUAUAAACCUCAAAGACGUACACCUGCCGAAUUACACUGAAGCAAAAGAUAUUUUGCAAACUUUCAUUGAUUUUAAUUGUGAUUGUUUCUAUUUCUUUAAUGAAGGAAUCUUUAGAAAAGAAUUGAAACAUGUUUAUAAACUCGUGAAUAAAAGUAAUUCUCAAUCUAAUGAGAAAGCAUACUAUUGUAAUGGGAUCUGGUUAGUGAAAAUGUUAUUAAUAUUUGGUAUCGGUGAAAUGUACUUACUUGGUAACUCAGAUGAAAGUAAUGAUUUAAAAAACUAUAAGUUUUUCGAACAAUCGAUCUCUCUUUUCGAUAAGAUUUUCAGUCUGAAUAAUAUCGAUGCAAUUCUCACUUCAGAUUCGAAUGGUAUUGAGGCAAUGUUCCUAUAUUGUUUCUAUUUACAAGUCAUUGAUUCCACAAUAAAUUCUUAUUUAUGUUUAGGUCAAACAGUAAGAGCAUGUCUUUUAUUAGGAUGGCAUGUGGAAUCUCAAAGCAAUAAUUUGAAUCCGUUCGAAAUGGAACAUAAGAGAAGAUUAUGGUGGACAAUUUAUAUUUUUGAAAGAAUGUUUAGUAGUAAAGCAGGUUUACCGCUAAAUUUAUCUGAUAAUAAUAUAUCGACAGUUUUACCGUCUAAUCACUUUUUUGAAAAUUCCACUGUCAAUAGCCCAAACAAUCAAACUGAAUUAAAUAAUAAAAAUAAUAAUAAUUUCAAGUUCUCAAGUGCAACAAGUUUAACUAACUGUGUUAAAAUUGUUCAAAUAAAUGGUAAAAUUCUGUCAAAAUUAUAUCAUAAACAACCAACUUCAAAUAUUUUACCAAUUCUAAAAGGUAUAUUAAACGACUUAUUACAAUGGAGAUCAAGUUUACCGCUAUGUCUACAAUUUGAUUUUCAUGUUCAUGAUAAUAAUUUCAAAAUAUCAAGAAAAUUGACAAAUAUUUAUACUGAGUACUUCCAUGGUAUUAAUAUAACAUUAAGACCAGUAUUAUUUCAUUUCAUUACCAUUAGAUUGAAAGAUGAAAAAUAUGGAAUGCUUGAUGUAAAAUCAACUGGUAAAACUUCACAUGGAACAUAUAUCAACUUACAAAAUUACUCUUCAACAAUUUUAAGUUUAUUGAAUAGUUCAUUGCGAGCUUCCAUUAAUACCAUACGAGCACUGUGGUCACUUUAUGAACAAAAUAUGGUAUCUCUAUUCGGAUUUAUGGAUAGAGAAUAUUUAUUUUCUGCCGCAUUUACUCUCAACUUAUUCAACGCAACAUUUGGUGUAAAUGAUCAAACAAUGAUACACAUAGAACAUUCCCUUAUAAUAUUACAAAAAAUGGUCAGUCUUGGAAGCGAGCCUGCGAUUAUUAGGAAAACACAAUUACUUAAUUUAAUGGCUAAAUUAGAUUUCCAUGCUAUUGCCAAGGAUUUGAUCAAAAAAUUCAACGAUGAUGCGCCAUAUGGAACUGAUUCUUCGGAAGAAGCAGUGAAUACCAUUUCGGAGGAUCCUUCAGAUAGUUUAAAAUCAAGCUUCCGAAUGGAGAAUGCCAAUCUAUCCAAUAAAAGGUUAAUUAAGAAGAUAAAGAAAAACAAAGACUCUUAUGAUUCUUUUGUAAACUUAAACACGUAUUUAACCGAUGCGGAUGAAUCACAAUAUCAAGAUUCGCAUCUCUCGGAUGACAUGGCAAUUAAGGAUGAGAGAAAGUUUCCCCCAAACGUAGUUCAUUUAGCAGGAACCGAUAGUUUAUCAAGAAUCAAAAGUUUUGGUAUGCUCCCAUUCACCAACAUUGUUAAUGAAUCUCUAGCUCAAGGUAAGCAGAGUGAUCUUACAAAAUCAGAAACAGAAGUGAUGACAGAAAACGUCCAUCAACUUAACCCACCUUGCACAUAUAAUAACACAGAUCUUGAAUAUUUAUUGGAAAGCCUAAAUAAAAUAGGCUAUGACGAUAAUAAAAUGUGGAACGAGAUAUCCCAUCAAGCCAAUUGGCUAGGUGAUGAGAUGGAUCCAACUGCUGCUCCAGGUAGCGAAUUAAACUUUGGAAACAUCGAACAACUAAUUAACAAAUAA